AUGUCAACGCAGAGCAAGUCUCUUCCCGCAAUCUCUGCAGCUAUUCAGCUGUACAUGGAUGAGGGCGGUGGCGAUCCACAAGUAUGUUCCAUGCAGUAUAUUGAUGUUGCUUUGAAGAUGUUUCGAGCCGAAGUGUCUGCUACCCAUGAUACUUUUCAUCCUGCUACCGCCUGUGCAGGUUUGUUACUGUGCGUUCUCAACUUUAUCCAAGGACAUCCCGGUUCGCAAAUCCUUAGACUUCUGGUAGACUCGUACAGUCUUGGAAACCCAACGUCUUCGCCAAGCCUGAGCGCAGAACAUGAUCUUGCUACUAGACAUGUACUCGAAUUCAUUGGAGUUAUGGACAUACCAUGUCUCGUGUUUGGCCGAGAGAAGCCCUCCAUGGGCAUAUGGAAGACCUUUCGCAAUAGCCAGGACCGCUGGAAGAAAGGGCGACUGAAAGGUAUAGAAGUACUCUCAGGCAUGCCGAUGAGUCUUCUAGACAUAUUAGCUGAUAUGAUGCAAAUGGAUACUGAGGAAGCUGUGAUCUGUCUCUGGACAUGGCCUGGUGAAGUAGGCGAGUACCUCCAGUGCUAUCUGUGGGAUGCUUGGCGGCUAGCAAGUAUUCUCGACGUUCGCAGGCGCGAGCGUUGCAAAAAGCAGUUGGACCCCGAGGUAUCCACGGAGAAAAUGGCAAAAGAGAUCCCAUGCAACGAAGUCGUUCUUUGCCGUUUGAUGGCAGCCAUCCAAGUACUGCAAAGUGCCAGUGUUCAGCCCGAGAAUCAAAGUUCGCUGAUCACAAACGGAUUGAUGGAAAAGGACCGCGGAUGA